AUGAGCUGGCGAUGCGCCCCGCGCCGCGCCGGGAGGACCGGCCCCGCCGCCCGCUCUCCUCCGCCGUCGCCGCUGCUGCUGUCGCCGCUGCUGCUGCUGUGGACCGCGGCCCUGGCGCCGGGGGCGGCCGCCGGCGACGAGGCGGCUCCCGCGGGGGCCUCGGUGUGCUACGCGUCCCCGCCCAGCGUGGGCUCGGUGCAGGAGCUGGCUCAGCGCGCCGCGGUGGUGAUCGAGGGAAAGCUGCACCCGCCGCGGCGGCGGCAGCAGGGGGCACUCGACAGGGAGGCGGCGGCGGCCGCGGGCGAGGCAGGGGCGUGGGGAGGCGAGCGCCCGCCGCCGGCCGACGGGACCGUGCCCGCCGGGCCCUCCGGCCCCGCGCCCAGCGCCGCCGAGCCCGUAGCCGAGGCGCCCUAUCUGGUGAAGGUGCACCAGGUGUGGGCGGCGAAAGCCGGGGGCUUGAAGAAGGACUCGCUGCUCACCGUGCGCCUGGGCGCCUGGGGCCACCCCGCCUUCCCCUCCUGCGGGCGCCUCAAGGAGGACAGCAGGUACAUCUUCUUCAUGGAGCCCGAGGCCAACAGCAGCGGCCGCGCGCCCGCCGCCUUCCGAGCCUCCUUCCCCCCUCUCGAGACGGGCCGGAACCUCAAGAAGGAGGUCAGCCGGGUGCUGUGCAGGCGGUGCGCCUUGCCUCCCCGCUUGAAAGAGAUGAAGAGUCAGGAGUCUGUGGCAGGUUCUAAACUAGUGCUUCGGUGUGAGACCAGUUCUGAAUACUCCUCUCUCAAGUUCAAGUGGUUCAAGAAUGGGAGUGAAUUAAGCCGGAAGAACAAACCACAAAACAUCAAGAUACAGAAAAGGCCAGGGAAGUCAGAACUUCGCAUUAGCAAAGCGUCACUGGCUGAUUCGGGAGAAUAUAUGUGCAAAGUGAUCAGCAAACUGGGAAAUGACAGUGCCUCUGCCAACAUCACCAUUGUGGAGUCAAACGAGAUCACCACUGGCAUGCCAGCCUCAACUGAGACAGCGUAUGUGUCUUCAGAGUCUUCCAUUAGAAUAUCAGUAUCAACAGAAGGAACAAAUACCUCUUCAUCCACAUCUACAUCUACAGCUGGGACAAGCCAUCUUGUCAAGUGUGCAGAGAAGGAGAAAACCUUCUGUGUGAAUGGAGGCGAGUGCUUCAUGGUGAAAGACCUUUCAAAUCCCUCAAGAUACUUGUGCAAGUGCCCAAAUGAGUUUACUGGUGAUCGCUGCCAAAACUACGUAAUGGCCAGCUUCUACAAGCAUCUUGGGAUUGAAUUUAUGGAAGCGGAGGAGCUCUACCAGAAGAGAGUGCUCACCAUCACCGGCAUUUGCAUCGCGCUGCUCGUGGUCGGCAUCAUGUGUGUGGUGGCCUACUGCAAAACCAAGAAACAACGGAAAAAGCUUCAUGACCGGCUUCGGCAGAGCCUUCGGUCUGAAAGGAACAACAUGGUGAACAUAGCCAAUGGGCCCCACCACCCCAACCCACCCCCCGAGAACGUGCAGCUGGUGAAUCAAUACGUAUCUAAAAAUGUCAUCUCUAGCGAGCAUAUUGUUGAGAGAGAGGCAGAGACGUCUUUUUCCACCAGUCACUACACUUCGACAGCUCAUCAUUCCACUACUGUCACUCAGACUCCCAGUCACAGCUGGAGCAAUGGACAUACUGAAAGCAUCAUUUCGGAAAGCCACUCUGUCAUCGUGAUGUCAUCCGUAGAAAACAGUAGGCACAGCAGCCCCACCGGGGGCCCGAGAGGACGUCUCAAUGGCUUGGGAGGCCCUCGUGAAUGUAACAGCUUCCUCAGGCAUGCCAGAGAAACCCCUGACUCCUACCGAGACUCUCCUCAUAGUGAAAGGUAUGUAUCAGCAAUGACCACCCCGGCUCGUAUGUCGCCUGUAGAUUUCCACACACCAAGCUCCCCCAAGUCGCCCCCUUCGGAAAUGUCCCCGCCCGUGUCCAGCACGACGGUCUCCAUGCCCUCCAUGGCGGUCAGUCCCUUCGUGGAAGAGGAGAGACCCCUGCUUCUUGUCACACCACCACGGCUGCGGGAGAAGUAUGACCACCACGCCCAGCAAUUCAACUCAUUCCACUGCAACCCUGCGCACGAGAGCAACAGCCUGCCCCCUAGCCCCUUGAGGAUAGUGGAGGAUGAGGAAUAUGAAACGACCCAGGAGUACGAACCAGCUCAGGAGCCGGUUAAGAAACUCACUAACAGCAGCCGGCGGGCCAAAAGAACCAAGCCCAAUGGUCACAUUGCCCACAGGUUGGAAAUGGACAACAACACAGGCGCUGACAGCAGUAACUCAGAGAGCGAAACAGAGGAUGAACGAGUAGGAGAAGAUACGCCUUUCCUGGCCAUACAGAACCCCCUGGCAGCCAGUCUCGAGGCAGCCCCUGCCUUCCGCCUGGUUGACAGCAGGACUAACCCAACAGGUCGCUUCUCUCCGCAGGAAGAAUUGCAGGCCAGGCUCUCCGGUGUAAUCGCUAACCAAGACCCUAUCGCUGUCUAAAACCGAAACACACCCAUAGAUUCACCUGUAAAACUUUAUUUUAUAUAAUAAAGUAUUCCACCUUAAAUUAAACAAUUUAUUUUAUUUUAGCAGUUCUGCAAAUAGAAAACAGGAAAAAAAAACUUUUAUAAAUUAAAUAUAUGUAUGUACAAAUGUGUUAUGUGCCAUAUGUAGCAAUUUUUUUACAGUAUUUCCAAACGAGAAAGAUAUCAAUGGUGCCUUUAUGUUAUGUUACGUCCAGAGCAAGUUUUGUACCAUUCCGUGACUGCUUUUUCACAGUAUUUCAGCAACCCUCCACCCCAUAUAUUCUGUUUUUCGCUGGCUUCCCGUGCAUUGCAUUAUGAUGUUGACUGGAUGUAUGAUUUACAAGAUUUGCACCUGUCGCUCCAUUUGCUUCGAGUAGUACUCAAUCAGGAUGUCUUGUAAUGGCGCAUCCAUCCAAUACUCCCCCUCUGUAUGAGAUUUUUCUUUUGCUUUCCGUAUGUGAAAUGAGUUGUGUCUACUCUGCCAGCCAAAGGUUUGCUUCAUUGGGCUCUGAGAUAAUAGUAGAUCCAGCAGCAUGCUACUAUUAAUUACAGCAGGAAACUGCAUUAAGUCAUGUUACAUAUUAGGAAGAAAGUAAUAUUGUGAUUUUUUCAAAAACUAUAUUAUUCAUCAGAAGACAGCUCGCUCUGACUUAAAAGGAGCUACCAUUUACUUUAUGCGGAUUGAUUUUUUGCAACAAAAGAAAAAAAAACAAGUUUUGGGGAUAGCACAGAAAGUGGAUGCUGGCUAGCAAUCAGGGUAAGGUCCAACCCUAAGCUGAGGACUCAGUUUCACUUUCUCUCUCUGGGGGAAUGAUACAGCGGCUCAUCUAAUUGAAGAGCAAACCAUGGCUGAAAAAGGUGCAAUCAUUCUUGACUUGUGUUUUUUCACUGAUUUGGGAGCGAAUGAUUGGUUGUGUCUUCUCGGCUCAAGGACAGACGUGUUAUGGCACAAAAACCCCCAGUUUCAACAGCACACUCAGCAAUUAGUCUGGAAUACUUCUGGAAUGAAGUGUGCCUGUUGUAUAUGGCGGUGAUGUCAUUAUAGAGAACUAGUUCCGCCGUAGAUUGUCUAGCGGAGUGAACGUGUCGAAGACACAGGGGAAGAGUGGCCAUGUGACCCAGUUGGUGAUUUUUUAAGUUUUUUUUGCCCGUUCCUUUGUCCUCAUUAUUCUUUUCUUGUUUUACAAUCUCGCCUUGAUUAGAUCGUACUAUGCAUGAACAUGUUUGUCAGAAAUGGCCAGUGUGCCUGUAAUUUGUGAUUAGGAAGACCCUCCCAUGAGCAAGGAUGCAUCGAGAAACGGCAGUAGUCUCAGAAAGAUUGCACCUUUCCUUGCAGAAAUGACCCCCACCUGUGUGCUAACCUCUCCGUUUGCAACUGUAUCAUCCGUUUUCCCCCUUUCUUACUUUUUGCUUUACUGUCAACAAAAACAGGAUUAAGAUGGGUCCACCCUUUGCACGUUCUCUUGUGGUAACAAAUCCAAGGAAGGUCUGUAGGUAGAAAUACUUGAAAUAACUGCUAAUCCAGGAAAAGAAGAGAAUUUGGUAAAAUAUUGUAGUCCCAAGUCUGUUGAGUCGAGCUGGAGGUUUAUUUAGGUUCCAAGUGGCCUCCCAGGAGCCAUGAGACAAAAUGGGGAAACAGUUUAGCAGGGGGUUCAAAAUACCACCAUGAAUUUAAGGAGAGUGACUCUGUUGUUUGCAAGUAAAUGGAGUCUAGUUCUUCACCACAUCACUAUAUUAAAAUCAAAAGGAAGACAUGCAAAGAGGUCUUAGAAGAAAAGUGCAGGCUGAGCAUGAAUCAUGUCCUUAAGCUCCUAAGUGUUUCUACAAUUCACAGAGACCAUCAAUGGGUCCUUAGCAUUUGAUAUCCCAAGCGUCCUUCAUGCUCCCAUGCCACUCUCUCUGUGCUCAGAAGUGUCCUCACGUGCUUAUUCACCUUUCCUAAGGAGCCCUUGACAACUCCCCAAGUUGCACUGAUUUCCCAGUUAUGUAAAAUCAGUAAGCUCACAGUAGGGGAAAGAAAAGAGUCAACCCCAAGAAGUUCUCCAAAUUAUUUUCAAUUGCCUUUGAAGACCUGGACUCCUUCUUAGACUAUUUCAAUUAAAAAAAAAAAAAAAAAAUUCCUACCGUAAUUAAAACUCUAGAAUUUCAGUUUCAAAUUUUUCAAGCAUGGGAGUCUUGUUCUGGAGAAUGUCAGGAAUAAAUAAAAUCUUUGAUUGAGAGCAAGAAACAACAUGCUCCUCAGUAUGAAAAAUCUCUGUCAAUUUUCAGGUUGCAAAAAUAGAUGACAACUGAGGACAAGAGGAAAUUUUCUUUCCAAGUUGGUUCUGGUCACUCAUCAAGGUGACAUUUAUCAGUUAGGACAGGCUUUCUGUCCAUAGAAUGAUAGAUUUCCUUCAUCGGAAAGGCCAGCAGACUACUUGGGGCUCCCUGCUGUGGCCACCAGAUUUGUGUCCACAGUGGCGUCUCUGGGAUGUUCAAAUGCCACCAUCCCUGUUUAUAAACUCAGGAGUGCAGUGGCAUUGCAAAGAAAGCAUGUGAACCAACAGUCCCAGCAUAAGGGAAGCCUCUCUGGGUCUUCAGGUGGUGGAAAUUGCUGAGACGUCUGACAGUGACUUUGUUUCCUGGGUCUGAGAUCAUGUCCCAUUGAGGAAGAUGCAGGGGAGCGUAGAAUAUGAAAAAUGCCUUUUUCUAACUCUGGGUUCCUUUUACAUCCUGCUCUCCCUCCUUGCCUGGUAGGACUUUUAUUUCUGAGAGUGUCUGGACAGUCUCCUGCUUUCUACAAAAUGGCACUCUGCCUGGGUAUUUGUGAAUGUGUCCCAAAGACCAAUAUGCCAUAUCUUCCUUGUUUAAGUGUGACUGUCAUGAUAGAGUUUAUCCAGGGUCAUUUGCUCUGUAACUUUUUUUUUUUUGGCCUGGGUUGAAAGGUAUAUGGCUCACAUUGGUAAAAAUACAGAAUACCUAGUUUUUUUCAGUCCUGGCUGCAUCCCACCAGCCACAACGAUGUCUGUCCACAAAGGCCCAUGAAACACUGCAGAGAAAUGCAGACAAAAGGAAAUGGCCACAUAUCACAAGUCCUAUUAUAUAUUCUUUUGUAAAUACACAUUGUACAUUACUUGGAUGUGUUCCUAAAUCAUUUACUGUCUUUAUGAGUUCAUGUCAGUUUCUUUUUUUUUAACUCUCUUAACUUACUGUGUAACAUUGUAAAUAACAUAAUGUCCUUUAUUAUUUAUAUUUAAACGUCUAACAUAGAGUUGUUUUCAUAUAAGUUUAAGAUAAAUGUCAAAAAUAUAUGUUUUUUGGUUUUUCUUUGCUUUAAAGUUAUGUAUCUUUUCCUUUUGCUUUUUUUUUAAGAAUAAUUUAUUGUUCAGGAGAAAGAAUGUAUAUGUAACUGAAACUAUUUGAAGAAUGCACAUUUGAAGGCCGUGAGGUACUGAUAAACUAAAGAAUUUAUUAUCCAAAAUACUAAGCAAUAAGUAAUUGUGAUUUAUUUAAAGUUUUGUCCAUUUUCCAUGAAAGACAUACUGCAAUAAAGAUGCUACUCUGCGGAGAUCUGGGAGUGUGGGUCAACAGACAAAGGGUCCAGUCUGUUAGACCAGCACCUUGCCUUUUACUGUGAUGGUUGUGCUAAUUUAGGGCCCUGUUUGAUGGAUCCCAUGUUCAUCUUGUCUGUCCGUUGCUUUUGCCACCCUGCCUGUUCUCAAAUCAUCUCCCGCCUGUCGGUUCUGCAUACCACUGUGUUCCUUGUUGAAGGAAUCACAACCAAGCAAUAUGACAUUUUUACAUAAGAGCAUAGACAAGACAUUGUAGGGCCUGAUUGCCUGGAUCCCGAUUGUUACCAUGUUCUGUAGAGACAGCAUGUAAUUUCUUCCAACUCAUGGAAAUGUCAGUAUGGAAACCCAUUCAGUCAUGAGACGGAAACAUGUUAGCGUGGUCCAAAGGAUCCGGUGGCCACCCCACGGCUCAAAGGCAGCCAGUCAGAACUGGGCUCUGCUAAGCUCUCCUAGAGCCUAAGUAAAUGUACUUUCUCCAUCUGGCCUAUGAUUGAGCAGUUCAUGAUUCUAAGAGAAAAUAAGGCUAAAUUGGGUUCUUUCCUCCUCAUUCUAUCAGUAAAUCAAACUCAGUGUCCAUCUUACUGCUCAGGGAAGGACCUACGCAUGAGAAACGUCCUGCAUUCUAAGACUCAGUCAUAGGAGUGAGGAUAUUCCUUCUCUUCUUGAAAUUAGCCUCAACAAAAGCCAUAUUUUAGCAAAUAGAUAUUUGCAUGAGUGAUACUUUUUGUAUAUUUCAAGCAUCUUACUCAUUAUUCCAAACAGGGUUGGGACUUCCAAAGUGUAUGCAGUUGAGGUCAGCAGUCCUUUGGGGUGACCAUCAGCCUCCUUUGGAGUCUGAGGGUACCCCGAGUCUUCUCACCUCCAUAUCUGCGUGCAAUUCCUGUUACCUUGGAAAGAUCCACUAGCAUCGUUUCCAAAGUCAUCUGGAUGUCUAGGAGAUUCAAGGAGGGGCCUUUGUGCUAGUUUUUUUCUCUUAGUAUUACUGAAUUUUCAAAGCUAUUCAGAAUCCUCAUAUUUGUGUUAACAUUGAUAUGCACACAAAUACAUAUACACAAGCACUUACAAAUUCUUAACACACUCUCCUAAAGUCAUGAUAUUCACGCACGUGUCCAAUCCACCCAUGCAGCCAUUGAGCAAAUCAAGGAGUGCACAGAACACUUAAAAAUUAAAGAUGAAGACACUUCCCUGUGUAUUCAGCUUACAGCUAAGGCUUGGUCCAUCCCCAGAAUUGAAAAUUACAGGAAACUGUCUUAGUCAUUUAGGUUAAAAUCGAGAGCUUGCAUGCUCAGUCGCAUCAGUCAUGUCUGACUGUUUGCGACCCUAUGCACUGUAGCCUUCUAGGCUCCUCUGUCCAUGGGAUUCUUUAGGCAAGAAAACAGGAGUGGGUUGCCAUGCCCUCCUUAAGAUAUAUUGGUAUUGGAGACAGAAGCAUGGGUGGUGGGGGGUGGUGUGGAGACAGCAAAGAUUCACACACGUCCACAUCCAAUAUCUGGAAAAUGAUUACAACCCUCCAUUUAUUUUAACCAUGUAGACACCUGAAUGUCACAAAGGCCAGCUUGGCAAACUAGCAAACAGUCUGUCUUUCCAACCUAAUAUCCUCCCCAUCGUUAUAUUUCUUGGCUCUCCAUCCUUACGAUAAAUGACAAAGGGACUUAAUGUCAGAGAUUUGGGGUGAUGUGAGGCAAUUCUGAAAUCUAGAGGUUUGGGAUGCUGGAUGGAGUGGAAAUUUUUGAUGAUCUCAUGUAGUAUCACUUUGCACUCUGUCUAUGACUUGCUCUUUCUGUAAUGGAUGGAAUAAAAUAAAUUGAUGGAAAUUCUUGCUCCAAAGAUUAAUUUAGAAACAGAAAAGCUUUCAGUUUAUGAGAGAACCUUUCUGCUGCUCCAGGAAGCUGCCAUAUUCCUAAGCUUUAAGGCUAUUGUUGGAAAGAGUAGUCAGACCCACUUCUGUGUGUACCUGUGGCUCCUAUUAAUGUCCUGACGUAGCAGUUGUUGGACUUCUCCGGUAGCUGUUGAUUUUGAACUUCAAGCUCCCAAAUAUCGCCCACCAGGGAGAAGGAAAAGGCUUUUUUUUUUAACCUGGAGGAAAUCUGUCAUGAUCUACCUAAUCCUUUUAGAAACACAUCAGGAGAGGAAAACCAGUAAUUCCUAAAGAGGAAUACUGUAGGGAUCCUAAGGAGGAGACAGAGUAUGGAGUAAUAGUUCCAUCCAGGAUCAUUCCCUAACCCUCUUCCUUGAAACUGAACUUUCAGGGAUAGAAUUUGAUGGAAAAAACAACACCUCUUCCCACCCCACAACAUGUCAAAGAGGCUAGAGGAUUAUUACUUUUGUCAACAUAAACAUCUUUAAUAGCUUUAUGUGUUUGUUCUUAUGCAGAGAAUCUAUUAAGUAGAAUAACAUUUUAUGCUAUUUUAUGACUUAAAACAUCCUUUAUUUCUCUAUUAUUCUCUUAAUACCCUGGGAUGUUGGUAGGUGAAAUCAUGAGGAAAACUGAGGCUCAGAAAUGUUUAAAAAAUAAAAAUAAAAAACUGUCCUCAGGUUACUCAUCUGGUGAAUUGCAGAGGUAAUAUGUUUUCCCAGGUUUUCUAAUUGUAUUCCUCCCCUUCCCCUGAGCCGAGCACAAACAACUCUUUCCUUCUCAGCCCUUCAUCACCGGGACAGUACAAGUUCCUUGCAAAACCAAGUCUCUACUUGAAAGAAUAUGAGCCCCUCUGGCUCAGCACAAGUGACUCUGGAGCCCAAUUUGCUUGGCUGAGUAACUCUAUGCUUCUUUCCCUAAAAGUCACUUUCCAAGGAAAUGAAGUGUAGCCAGGAAGAUGAAUUCACAACUUGAAUACGUUGGUGGCAUCCUGCGGUGCAACGGGGAAGGGCUUUGCUGUCAAAGCGCUGUCCCCUCCACUUAGUGACUUUGUGAAUUUGGACCGCUUCCUCCUCCAAGAUUACUUCCUGAUCUCUAACAUGGGAAUUCAAAUGACAUUACAAAGCCGUAGCGUAGUGAGAAUUACUUUUGAACACUUGGAGGAAGCUAGAAAACGUCUAGCACAUGAUGAGUACUCAAAUGCUACCUUCCGUUUGCUCCUUCCCCUCCAGGUUAAUUUGGAAACGAAACUUUUCAGUCCCAAAUGACACAGUCUACAUGGCACAAACUGAUCAAAUUUAUUUUAUCAUUUCUCCAAUCUAGCACCAAUAGCCAAAUCCAUUUUUAAUAACAACUGUAUGUUGAGCAGCAUUAUUAUUUAAAAAGAUAGAAAAUUGUCGCUCCAAUAAGUUCUUUUAUUUAUUUGCCUCUGGUGUAGCCACACUGCUUCCCGUAAAGUCUCUAAUUUUUAAUGACAUUGCAUUAAUGUCUCAUAAUUUCAUGGAAAUUUACUGAAACAUAACUCUUGGUAGAGUUUUCAUAAUACUGUCUUCAAACUUCAUUGCAAACAGUUGAUGAACACAAAAGGAUCCUAAGAUGAUAUAUUACCCACACAUACCCAUUUGCCUUAGUUUGCACCCAGGAUGUUCAAAUGAAACCAUUAAAUUGCAUCCUGGAUGUCCAUUUCCUUAAAAAAAAACUGUAACCUAGGCAAAGAUCUACAGUGACAAAAUUAGAGGAGUCAGCUCCCAGAUGAAGUCGUGUACGUAUAAGAAGCCACAUUAUUUAUGGAUGGUUCUCACUCACUUCCAUUAUCUCUCCCAUAAUUCUUCAUGCUCUAGUCACUCUUUAUGCAUAUACUAUAGGAUACUUUUUUUUUCCUCAUCCUGAGUAUGAAGCCAUGAAUAAUUUAUAGACUUAAGCUUUUGGAUUUCACCCUUCAAAUUUGCAUCCUACAUCAAGGAUUGUGGGUGACUUGCUGUCACUACACCCAUGAUCAGAUCUGUGGUAUAGUUAAUAUAGUUCUACUGUUAAAGGCAAGAAAGUCUAAAAUCAUUGCCCAUAUAAAAUCCUUCAUUUAAAUUAAAAUGUAUUCUAUUGAAAAUAAUCCUGACUCCCUAUGAAAAAAACACAUGAGGAAGUUUUCUUAUAGUUUUAAGGAAAUAAUCUAGAUGUGAGCUUUGUAUCCUGUUCGUUAUUAGCAAUCAUCAGGAAUUAAGCAGACACUUGUUUUCGAUUCCAUGAUUUUCCUCAGGUGAUUCCUCCUUGCCUGACCUUGAGCCCUUCUCUUGAGGUGAGGUGCUUAGAGUGCUUCCCCAGGGUUGGGGGCCAGGGUUGUUUUCUACAGCCCCUCCAGUUUCCCACAUUUGAACCCAAAGUGAACUUUUCCUCUUCUUCAGAGAAUGAGUCUUCUUGGGUGUGUACUUUAGCAGCUAACAAGGUAACAAAACAGGCAAUUUCCCCCCUUGGGUCCUAGAUUCUCUGCCAUGAAGAAUCAGGACGAGAGGAAAUGCAAUGGGUGAGAGCCACUUGUUCUGAGCUCCUCAAUUCCCAGUACCCAGGUUCCUGCUAAUUAUAAGAUGACUCUGCCCUCAUGUGAGAAGCUUCCUGCAAAGAUCCCAUCCUCCCUUCUGAAGAACCUUUUUUCGGUUUGUUUUCAAAAUAAAGACCUCACUUAAUAGCUGCUUAGUUCCUAGACCGUCUCUGACUCCAAAUUCUGAAGUCAUAGGGCUAUGCGUCUUCAUACUUUGAUCAAAAAUUUAGUCAAGAAUUAUGGAGUUUAGGAUUUAAAGUCAUUUUAUCAAAUUAGGGAACCUUUCUUGAUUUGUUGCAGGCACCUCAGAAAAUUUUAGGACAGAGUCAGAGGACAUCCCAUUAGCUUGACCAAAAACUCUUUCACGACCUGAAGCAAUGCUGACUCCCCUCCUCGUUAGGAGUUAGGCUCUGUUUGUCUGAGGAGUUAGAUCUCUAGCCAGGAUGGUGAGAGGAAGAACCUGGGGUCCUUCCCAUCAAGCUAUUAACGCAUGAGACUUAGGGUUGCACUCAGGGUUAAACUCAUGUCAAUUAUCAAGCAAAGGAGCAACUAAGGGAACACAACCCUGCCCCUGUUUAAGAGAGCCCCGCGUCCCCCACGGAGCCAGCCAGGACCUCAGCAACCUUCUCCUGUUCCCCCUCCUCAUCUAAUCGAUGACAACAGUGACUGUACCACUGAUACGUCACACACACAUCCUCCUCUCCUCACAACCCCCACUGCCCGCCUUCUGGGUCACACUCUCAUCACAGGGCUCUGUUCGCCUCCUAACUGAUCUGCUUCCUUCACCUCCCCUAGGGCAUCCUUCACCUUCUGCCAGAAGGUUCCGAUUGCCAACCCCAUCGAGCCGUUCUCCUGACUAGCAUCCUUCCACGGCUCCUCUCACAGCUUAACUCAGCCUGACGUGAGAGGCUCGGCCCAGGCUGGCUUCGGUCAAACUCUUCUAGCUCAUCCCCUCUCACCCCUCACUCCAUCUUCUGCUUUUCUGUCUUCCAAAUGCACCCCAUCAGUGUUUAUCAACUCCAAUCAUUGCUAUACCGACUUCACAACGAUUACCAUGUUCAUGGAUCACCGGUGUUAUUUUUCGCCUAUUGUUUUUCUUUCAAUUGAUUGCAUUUUUAACAAAAAUAAAAUCAU